UCUGUUAGUGUACACAAGAGUCAGCUCGGAUAAACACCGAUAGCGGUGAUAACGCUGUGGGAAAGACAACAUUUUACGUAUAAGAGGACUGUUUAUUCCAAACUAAGAGCCACUGUAGGUGUGCUAACUCAAUGUGUUUAGAAAUCAAUUAUUUGACUUUUUUGCUGUUGUAAACGUCUAUGAUGGAGAACGUUCAUCUUGUGGCAGAGGAUGAAGAUGACCUCUACACUGGUUACAAUGACUACAAUCCAGCAUUUGACUCAGAGGAGCUGGACAAUGAUGCUGGCUUUCAGCAAGCUGUCAGAACUAGUCAUGGCAGGCGGCCUCCUAUGACUGCAAAGUUUCCUGGUCCCACCACUGGGGGAAGAACAAUAGGAACUUCCUUUGGCGCAGAGAGUGGUCAGGGUGAGGCAGGUGGCAGACUUUUAAAGUCACGGAUACCUAUGGGUACAUCAGUGGGAAGGCCAAUGACUGGAGCAGUACAAGAUGGGGCUGCACGUCCCAUGACGGCAGUACGCGCAGCAGGAUAUUCGUCCUCUUUGACUAGAGGUUCAACCUUUGAUCCACUUGGACAAUCAAGAGGACCAGCUCCUCCAUUAGAAGGAAAAAAUGAAGACACGCCAGAAGAAAAGAUAAAAAUACUGGAAAAGAAGGUAAAUGAUUUGAUUGAGGAGAGCUGUAUGGCCCAUGCACAAGGAGAUCUACAGUUGGCUCUAGAAAAGGCCAAAGAGGCUAGCAGGAAAGAAAAGGCUUUGGUGAGACAAAGGGAACAAACUGGUACUGCAGACCACAUCAAUUUGGAUCUGUCCUAUUCAGCGCAGUUUAAUUUGGCAAACCAGUACGCCAAUAAUGACAUGAACACAGAAGCACUGAAUAUGUAUCAAGUCAUUGUGAAAAACAAGAUGUUCAACAAUGCUGGGCGGUUAAAAGUGAAUAUGGCUAACAUCUACUUUAAACAGAAGAACUACCCCAUGGCAAUUAAAUAUUAUCGUAUGGCUUUGGACCAAAUUUCAAAUGCACACACAGAGAUGAGGAUCAAGAUCAUGCAAAACAUUGGUGUCACAUUUAUACGUCUGGGCCAGUACUCGGAUGCAAUCACAUCUUUUGAGCACAUUAUGAGUGAAAGCCCAAACAUAAAGACAGGCUUUAACCUAAUCCUCUGCUACUAUGCCAUCGGAGACCGUAAAAUGAUGAAGAAAUCUUUUCAGAAACUAAUUUGUGUGCCCCUGGGCAUUGAUGAGGAAGACAAGUACAUCACUUCAAAUGAUGACCCACAUGCAAGCUUAGUAAUAGAAGCUAUUAAGAAUGAUCAGCUUCAUCAAAUGGAGAGAGAAAGAAAAGCACUGGCUGAGAAGUGCAUUAUGACAUCAGCAAAGCUUAUUGCUCCAGCCAUUGAGUCAACGUUUGCAGCUGGUUUUGACUGGUGUGUAGAUAUGGUCAAAAGUUCACCAUAUGUGGAGCUGGCCAAUGAUCUAGAGAUCAACAAAGCUAUCACCUACCUGAGACAGAAGGACUUCAACCAGGCAGUGGAGACACUAAAGACUUUCGAGAAGAAGGACAGUCGGGUGAAGAGUGCUGCUGCUACUAACCUUUCCUUUCUCUACUUUUUGGAGAAAGAUUAUGACCAAGCUGAUCGUUAUGCAGAAAUGGCUAUGAACGCUGACCGUUAUAAUCCUGCUGCCCUCAUUAACAAAGGCAAUACAAUAUUUGUGAAGCAAGAUUAUGAGAAAGCAGCUGAGUUCUUUAAAGAAGCACUGCGUAAUGACUCCUCCUGCACAGAGGCUCUGUAUAACUUAGGUCUAACCUAUAAGAAGCUUGGACGCCUGGAAGACGCUCUUGACUGCUUCCUAAAGCUUCAUGCCAUACUUAGAAACAGUGCUCAAAUUAUGUAUCAGCUGGCCAGUAUAUAUGAGAUGUUGGAGGAUCCCCAUCAGGCUAUUGAGUGGCUUAUGCAGCUCAUCAGUGUCACUCCUACUGACCCUCGGGUGCUGGCUAAGCUGGGAGAGUUGUACGACAAUGAGGGUGACAAGUCACAAGCCUUCCAAUACUAUUAUGAGUCUUUUAGAUACUUUCCUUCAAACAUUGAAGUCAUUGAAUGGCUGGGAGCAUAUUAUAUUGACACCCAGUUCUGUGAAAAGGCAAUUCAGUAUUUUGAGAGGGCAACACUUAUUCAGCCUAAUAAUGUUGUAUGGCAGUUGAUGAUGGCUAGCUGUUACAGGAGAAGUGGAAAUUAUCAGAAAGCACUUGAGACAUAUAAGGACAUUCAUCGCAAAUUCCCUGAAAAUACAGAAUGUCUACGAUUCCUUGUGAGGUUGUGCACAGAUAUGGGCUUAAAGGAGGUACAGGAAUAUGCCACCAAGCUCAAGAAAGUGGAAAAGAUGAAGGAAAUUAGAGAGCAGAGGGUGAAGUCAGGAAGGGAAAGCAGCCUUCGAGGCCGAAGAGAAGGUAGUGCCAGUAGUGCCUCUUGCUCUGAGAUGAACCACAGCCCUGUACUGGAGCAUGCCAGAGACAGUGGACAAAGCAGCUAUGGUACCAGUGCCAAGGGAGAGCGGCUAAGUGCCAAGUUAAGGUCACUUCCCGGCACCCACGAACCAUAUGAGGCAACCACCCCAGAAAACAUAGAUGCUUCGUAUAUUGACCCUUUGGGACCUCAAGCGGAAAGACCAAAGACUGCAGCAAAGAAACGCACAGAGGAAGAUGAGUUUGCAGAUGAAGAGUUGGGGGAUGACCUGUUACCAGAAUGAUUUAUCAAAUAGAAUUCUGUUGUGAUUAAUAUGUAAGCAAAGCUAUGUAGCAAGUUGAUGAUCAUUAUAGAACAUUCAUAGAAAUAUACUACAUGACCAAAGGUAUAUGGACACUUGAAAACACAUCCAUGUGCUUGUAGUAAAUAACAUGGGAUAUCUGGCUCUAUAGUCCCAAGAGCAUAGCUCAGUGUGCUUUACACCACUCCAGCAGACACUUGCUAUUGCACAUUGUAAUGUGCAAAGAACUGCAUACAUCUGCUGGAGAAAAUGACCAAGUGCAGAUUCUGGGGAGAGAGGCAUUGGUCCACUUAAAGAAAUAAAGUUCCAUCCCUUUUAGAUGCUUGGUUGCUAAGCUGUGUUGAUGGCUCAGGGUGGCCCAGCACAAUAUCUUUUGUUAUUUAGGAGUGAAUAAAUCUGUGUGCUGCCCUGUGA